AAGAGUAAGAGAAAAUCAGUACUCUUACUGAGUGUAGGUGAGAAAUAACAAGGUCUCAAUUUAAACAUCUACAAAAUUUCAAACAACUGGGAAAACUCCAUCUCCUGAGGACGAUUGUGUAAUACAAUCGAAAUCUCCAGAACAGCUUCUAAAUGGACCUUGUGGUCAAAUUGUUUUGUCAACUACUGUGUGUACUGUGGUAGUCACAAAAACCUCUCCUCUCAGCUAAAUCUUGACCUUAGCCAAAACCAAAGUGAGACCCUGCCCUUAAAUCUGUCUGCAUGCAAAGAAUGCGCCAAGAGCUCCAAGUCAAACGAGAGUCUUCCUCCUUGUGAUCUAUAGUUUGUGCAGCUGACUGGGUUUCCUCUUCUGCCUCAGUUUGUUUCUGUCAAUAAUAACUUCUAAUGCUGCAAACAUGCAGUUCCAGUAGUGGUUUCUCUCUCGCACAGAUCCUGUUAUCCGCUUUUCCUCCCUCCUUCUCUUACAUACAUGCAGUGCUUCUCCUCUCUCAGCUCGUGCAGCUCCACCCACCUGCAGAUAAAAGCCAAACCCUCACCAGGGCUGCUGUUCAGCGUCUGUCCCAAACUCCUCAAAGCUUUGUGCACCCUACCCAGCAGCAGCAGCACACCCACACACACAAAGGGCCCGGCAGGACUGCAGCUAACACCUGGCUGGAUCCCGUGCAUGGCCACCGUCCCACUCAUGCCUUGGAAAAGACCCAGAAAAGCAACCUAAAGUGAGGGGAAGUAGAGGAGAAACCAGACGAAGGAGGCGCAGGCCGGAGGGGGCGACGAUCUUCAGUUUGAGAGGAGGGAAAAUCUGGAAGGGGAGCGGGUCGCCUUCCAUGGAGGUUGUUGUUGCACCGCCAUGUUUCUACAGUAGCCCAGAAUGGACAAACCAAUCACUGGCUCUAGAUUGGGCCUUUCACGUUUUUUGCAAGUUUUGAGGCCACCAUUGUUUCUCCUACACGCCUGGAAGGAGACGAAAAUGGUGGCUGUACCCCUCCAUUCUUUCUACCUACUCAUCACAGUGUUCCAGCUGUGUUUGUUACACCUGGCCCAUGGUGGGGCGUAUUAUGGACAUAAACAGCCGCCUCAACAGCACCAGCCCUUGCCGCAGUACAAUGAUGGGUAUCCUCAGCAACAGUUUAUGGGGAACGAGAUGCCACACCUACCUUACGGCAAAGAAGUGCCAUUACUGCCUCAGUAUGGGAAAGAGCUUCCUCAGCUGCCUUUGCAAAUGGGCAAAGAGAGGCCACUGACUGAAGGCAAAGGACAAACAUUCCCCAGAGGGGCUAAAGGUCCACCACCCCCUGGUCCUGGUGGAGAAGGUCUCAGAGAAGGACCACAAGGAGUUCAGGGUCCUCCAGGACCAACAGGACCACCAGGACCACAAGGCCCCCCUGGGCUACCAGGCCAGGGAUUGCCAGGGUUACCCGGAAAGCCAGGGCCUCCUGGUCCUCAAGGCUACCCAGGAAUCGGGAAACCUGGCAUGCCAGGAAUGCCAGGAAAACCUGGAGGACCCGGAUUACCAGGACCAAAAGGUGACCUUGGUCUUAGUGGUGGUGAAGGACCAACAGGACUUCCUGGGCCUCCAGGGCUCCCAGGUCCCCCUGGACUUCCCGGGAUUUCAAAACAAGGAGGUCAGGGGCUGCCCGGACAGACAGGUCAUCUAGGGGAGCCUGGUCAAAAAGGUCUACCUGGGCCUCCUGGUCCUCCAGGCCCCAAGGGAGACAAAGGACUUGGUCUACCUGGUUUGCCAGGUUUGAAAGGACCUGGCGGACCACCAGGUCCACCUGGACCUGUGGGCAUCCCUGGGGUUGGUAAACCUGGCCUGAAUGGUCUCCCUGGACAGCCAGGGAUACCAGGAAGGGCUGGUCCUUCAGGAGAGCCAGGUUUGGCAGGGCCACCUGGUGAAAGAGGCCAACCAGGACCAUCAGGCUUGCCAGGAAUUGGAAAACCAGGAAAAGAUGGUUUCAGAGGGCAACCAGGGCUUCCUGGAGGGAAAGGGGAACCAGGCCCUCAUGGUUUACCAGGGGGCCCAGGCUUGCCAGGCUAUGGUAAACCAGGGUUUCCAGGACCUAGGGGUCACAAGGGACAUGCUGGUCUCCCCGGACCUCCAGGCCUAAAAGGUGAUAAAGGUCACGGAGGUCUUCCAGGGGUCAUCGGUCCCACUGGUCCUAGUGGUAUUCCUGGCCCACCAGGUCCAAUAGGGCUUCCCGGUAGUCUUGGCUUCCCAGGGCAAAAGGGAGAGGAUGGUGAUGGAGGACCAAAAGGAUAUCCAGGAAUGAAAGGUGAAUUAGGGCCUCAAGGCCUUCCAGGACAGCCAGGUUUGUCAGGAGAUGGUGGACAACCAGGACCAAGAGGUUUUCAAGGGCCUAUUGGCCCCAAAGGAGAACCUGGUAUUAGGGGUUCAACUGGUGCCCCUGGUGCUGGAGGAAUACCUGGCCCAAGAGGAGAGGGGGGACAACCUGGAGAGAAAGGCCACCAGGGACCACAGGGUAUUCCAGGGCUUACAGGACCAGGGGGACCAAUUGGACCUCCCGGGCUGCCGGGGCAAAAAGGCGAAACAGGUCUGCCUGGUAAACCUGGCUAUCCUGGUGAGGGAAAGCCAGGACUCCCUGGUCAUAUUGGUCCUCAAGGUAAUCCUGGCCCAAGUGGCCCCGCUGGACUUCCAGGGCAACCAGGACAGCCUGGACCCCCUGGUCCUCCAGGGCAACCUGCUGCAUCUUCUGACCUCGGACAGAUCCUCCCUGUGACUGGCCCAUACAGUGGCCAAAAACAAGGUCACAAGAAGCCAAUGAAUGGAGGCGACAUUGGUGGAAAUGGCCUGGAGAUGCCUGCGUUCACAGCUAAGCUCACAAAUCCAUUCCCUCCUGUUGGCUCUCCUGUCAUCUUUGACAAACUCCUGCACAAUGGCAAUCAGGACUACAAUCCCCAAACUGGUAUUUUCACCUGUAGCGUACCAGGGGUCUAUUACUUUGCUUACCACGUCCACUGCAAAGGAGGUAACGUAUGGGUGGCACUGAUGAAGAACAAUGAGCCAGUAAUGUACACAUAUGAUGAAUACAAAAAGGGCUUGCUGGAUCAGGCAUCAGGGAGCGCUGUACUCCCGUUACGACAAGGAGACACUGUGCAUAUACAGCUGCCAUCUGACCAGGCUGCAGGACUUUAUGCUGGUCAAUAUGUCCACUCCACAUUUUCUGGAUACUUAUUGUACCCAAUGUAAGAAAUGUGUAUAAACAAAGGCGAUAGUAAUGACAUUGAUGGUACAUUUUACCAUAUUCAUGGUAAAACUACUGCAAAAGUCUCAAAGGUUAAAAAGGUUUACAAUGAGUGGUGGAAGUGGUGGAUUUUUUUUUAAUUUAGUAGCAACAUACUUCAUUGAAUUAUUUGCAUUACAUGCAUUACAUCUGUAUUUACAUACACCAAUGGAGUCUCAGAAAGUUAUGCAGUUAUGAAAUAAUGGGCAGUGUAUGGACAUUGUAUCUGGUUAUUGGCUAUGAUAUGUAAGAAACAAAGUUUUGGAAGGGUUGUUGAGAGCAGAGGAAAAAAAAGUAUCUCAGUUGUCAUAAUUAUUUUAUGUUUACAUUGUGCAUUUAUUCUUAUAUCCAUCCACACACAAUAUAUAUCAGUGUUCGUGACAUGGCUGGAAUAAUGAGGCUUUAUGUUGCAGAAUUGUAUUUUUUGCUUUACAGUUAUAUACUGUAUACUGGGCACAUAAGAACAUAUUGGUUUCAUUGUACAAUGCAUUUACUCACAGCUAUCAGUACAUACUAUUGGGUUAUGUAUUUGGGGUUAUCAUAUUAAGUUAUUGUUAGUCAUUUUAUGUUAUUUUUAAAAUGCAACUUUUUAAUACAACAAAAUCUCAAUACACAUUUUUACAUAUUCAUUAUUUUAAGUAUUUGGAUGAGUUUUUAAUCCAAUUUCAUACCACAUCUCAGUCCAAAACAGAACAGAAAAAAUACCCAAUACACAAUUUGGCAGUUAAACCAUCUUUUGAUUAUUUGCUUUUGACCAUUUGAUGUCACAAUGUCUGAGGUCUUGUUUUGUUUGUAAUAAAUAUGAAUUCUUUGAAAGGUUUUUGUCAGUUUGUCAGUAUUCUCUGUAAUUUAUUUGUUUGACUACUGAUUACUUGGGAUUGUGUUCAUUUCUGUGUGUUGACAGUAAAUGACAGAAUUCAUUCCAAAAUGCAGAACACAAUAUAAAUGUUCUGUGGCAAAACAUAACAAAAAUAUUCGAAAAUAUGUUCAUGCUCAUACCCAUUCAAACCACCAUGUGUCAGUUUUUUUCAUUUUGUACUUUAUUUCUUCAAACUGUGGAUGUGCAAUUUUGGGGGGUUUUCUCUUUCUUUUUUUCCUUUACUUUGGACAAUGGUGCACAGCAUUAAAUGGGAAACUGUGCCUAAAGUAUGUGAAUUCUGAUCUUUGUUGCUUUGAUUGGAUAGAUAUUGGUUUAAUAAAGAAAUAAAAACAUU